AUGGAGAUUUUAGUACGUAUGAAAAAAGAAGUUUUAGGUGUCAAGCCCAGUGCGUCUAGAGGGCCUAAGUUAAAUCAGCAGCCAACUAUUUUGUGGCCCGAAGACCAGGUCGGCCCGAAUCAGCCCAACAUCAUCCUCAACCUCCAGAAGCUUCGUCUUCACCUCCGCGUUGCUCGCUUGAUCUCCAUCCCUCGCCCAUAUUCUCGCCGCCCCACCUCCGACAUCGCCGUCCUCGUCUCUCACUCCGUUGGAAGCGGGAUCUUUCUUGGAUCGCCGAGAAGCGUCGCGGACAUGUCGGAUGAGGAGGUAUCUGACCCAAAGGCGCUCCUAGAGGAUCGUUCCAAGGCUAAGUGUGUCUCCCAGUGGUACGAGUAUCAGAAAUGCGUUAAGAGAAUUGAAGAUGAUGAGACCGGACAGAAGCACUGUACUGGCCAAUACUUUGAUUACUGGAAAUGCAUUGACAAGAAUGUUGCUGAGAAGCUCUUUGAUAGCUUAAAAUGACAAGGAAAUUGUUCUCUCUCGCUACUUUUUACUCUACAGUGGUAAUAAUCAUAUCACCUGCACGUGCUAUAGACAAUUCAGAUGCUUAUUAAUAUAAUAUGUAAGAAAAGUUUUGCCUGUCGGGUAACACGGCAGUUUUUCCAUAGCCAGUUUACAUUUUGUUGCUGCCAGAGGUAUUGUUGGCUCCGGAUAAUUUUGUUGUUCUCAGUUGAGAUAUUGCCAAGAGUGUGACUGAGCACUAAAUGCUGCCAUUGAUAUUUUUCUAUUGCUUUUUGUGGUUCCUUUUUUAUGCGUAUAUGACCAUAUAUCUGGAUCUGUAAAUUAAAUGGGAACUGAAUGACAACUUGCGCUGCUA